CCGUCUCCCGACGAAAUCGCGCCGACACCCAAACGAUCCCGGUUCGCUUCCCUAGCUGCCUCGCCGCUCGCCGCCGGGAUGUUUCUCGUGGAUUGGUUCUUCGACGCUCUGGCGUAUCUGGGGAUGUGGCAGAAGGAUGCCAAGAUCCUCUUCCUAGGCCUCGACAACGCCGGCAAGACCACCCUCCUCCAGAUGCUCAAGGACGAGAGACUGGCGCAGCACCAGCCGACGCAGCAUCCGACGUCCGAGGAGCUGAGCAUCGGGAAGAUCAGGUUCAAGGCGUUCGACCUCGGCGGUCACGCGCUCGCGCGCCGUGUCUGGAAGGACUACUUCGCCAAGGUCGACGCCGUCGUGUACCUAGUGGACGCUGCCGAUCGGGAGCGGUUCAACGAGACGAAGCAGGAGCUGGACUCGCUCCUCUCGGCCGAGGCGCUUUUCGGCGUGCCGUUCCUCGUGCUGGGCAACAAGAUCGACAUCGCAAACGCAUUAUCUGAGCACGAAUUACGCUACUACCUCGGGCUGGAGUACUACACCACCGGCAAGGGCAACGUCGAUCUCUCCCACAACGGCAUGCGGCCCCUAGAGAUCUUCAUGUGCAGCGUGGUCCGGAAGAUGGGCUACGGCGAGGGCUUCAGAUGGAUGUCCCAGUACAUCAAAUAGAGGGGGCUGAGGGAAAGGCAUCUCUGUUUUUUUUUUUUUUGACGAACUAGCAGGAGCUCUGCUUUGCAUUAAGUAGAGAAACGGGGUUACACUGUCCAGAACACUAGAUACAGACAUACAUACAGUGGUGGACCUCAAAGAAAAAUAAAAAUAUAAAGAAAAGCCGAAACGCUACAGUUUGUUUGCUACCAGGAACAAAACAAAAUCAGUUCUGGCCUUGC